AUGGAUCGACCUCCCCAGCUAUGGAUCAUCUUCCCCAGCUAUGGACCCCCUCCAUUUAUAACAGUGGUUCUUAACCGUACGCCCUUCACCAGCUAUGGAUCACCUUCCCCAGCUAUGGACCCGCUUCCCCAGCUAUGGAUCGCCUUCCCCAGCUAUGAACCUCCUUCCCCAGCUAUGGACCUCCUUCCCCCAGCCAUGGACCCCCUUCCCCAGCUAUGGAUCCCCUUCCCCAGCUAUGGAUCAUCUUCCCCAGCUAUGGACCUCCUUCCCCAGCUAUGCACCUCCUUCCCCAGCUAUAGACCCGCUUCCCCAGCUAUGGAUCACCUUCCAAAGCUAUGGAUCACCUUUCCCAGCUAUGGAUCACCUGCCCAGCUAUGGAUCAUUUUCCCCAGCUAUGGACCUCCUUCCCCAGCUAUGGAUCAUCUUCCCCAGCUAUGGACCCGCUUUCCCACUAUGGACCUCCUUCCCCAGCAAUGGACCUCCUUCCCUAGCUAUGGAUCACCUUCCACAGCUAUGGACCUCUUUCUCCAGCUAUGGACCCCUUUCCCCAGCUAUGGACCCCCUUUCCCAGCUAUGGAUCAUAUCCCCCAGCUAUGGACCUCCUUCCCAGCUAUGGACAUCCUUCCCAGCUAUGGAUCACCUUCCCCACCUAUGGAUCACCUUCCCCAGCUAUGGACCUCCUUCCGCAGCUAUGGACCUCCUUCCCCAGCUAUGGACCUCCUUCCUAGCUGUAGACCUCCUUCCUCAGCUAUGGAUUACCUUCCCCAGCUAUGGAUCCCUUCUCCAGUUGUGGACCUCCUUCCCCAGUUGUGGAUCACCUUCCCCAGCUAUGGACCUCCUUCCGCAGCUAUGGACCUCCAUACGGAUAUCCCGCGCCAACCACCACGGGCUUUUCCCACGCCCCGCGGGCAGGUGUUAGCCCCACUCGACGCCCCGGGACAUCAUGUAGCCUACAAAGGUCUUUAUACUGGGGAGGCUAACAAUCGGCCACAUACACCGGCGCCGUGCACCGUGCUGCCCCCCGCCAAAGAGCCUCCCUGGCCCUUUGGCGCCACAAAUGCCCCCGGCACCACACAGUCCUUUUGGUGCAUCGGAAGUUCUAGUGGGCCAACAUAUAGGCCCCCAGGGUCUUCUCAGCCCGAGUUCCCCUGUCAGGGGGAUGGCUUCCCCCUACUGAGCCUCCCCUGCAUCGUGCUGGGUUUGACGGCGCUACCCCCAAAUCGGGGCCCCGGGAAUGAGGAGGUGGGUUUCGGGCCCCCUUUUCCAGAGUUUUUCCCCCUGCCCACUUCCCUUUCCUUAGGACAUACACUCGGUGGGAAACCCUACCUGCCAAGUCCUUGCAGCACUGUGGAAGGCAUCAAAUUCCUAUUUAGAGGGCGGUUCCCGCUCCCUCGACACCGACUACGUCUGUGCCCUACCCCUUUCCCCAGCCCCAAAAACAAACCUUGGAAAAUGUAG